AGCAUGUCAAGACCAGCCGAUCUUCCUUCCCAAAACUCUUCAGCCUCGUUCUGGCACACAGAGCCCUCCGCCGAACUACUUGGUUACCGCACUACUGAAGGUUUGCCUCGGGAAGCAGAUGUCGUAGUCGUAGGGAGUGGAAUCAGUGGAGCUAGUGUUGCAUACCAUUUACUUGAAGAACUGGAAGGCUCAAACGGGGAGGAAAAGAACGUGCUUGUUCUGGAGGCUAGAGAGGUCUGCUGGGGUGCUACUGGAAGAAAUGGCGGACACUGCCUUCCAAUGUUCUACGAACACCCUCACGAUCCCUCGAUUUCCAAUUUUGAAUAUGCCAACUUCCUCGCUCUCUCGAAUCUGAUUUCCAACCGUAAUAUUCCCUGCGAAUGGAACACCCAACCUGGUGUCCGAGGGCUUUACUCUUCCGAAGAAGUGACCCUUGCUCACCACGCCGUCGAUGCAUUGAACCAAAACAAUCCGACUCUGGGCAAGAUGGUCAGAGUGGUCGACUCUCCCGAUGGAUUGGAGAAACUAGGACUUUCCGUUCCAGCAGCCAAAGGCGCGGUAGUCACGGAUGUGGCGGCGAGACUAUGGCCCUACAAGCUUAUCGCUGCCAUCUGGGAAUCUCUGAUUUUGAGUUCAUCGCUGAACCUGCAGACACAUACACCGGUAACAUCACUGCAACCAUCCUCAUCUGGAGACUGGGAUGUAGAAACACCAAGAGGAGUAGUGUCGACUAAGAAAGUAGUGUUGGCCACCAACGCCUACACAUCCCAUCUCGUUCCUGAGAUGGCCGAUCUGAUCGUCCCCUGUCGAGGCCAAAUGUCUGCUCUCAUCCCUGGGAAAGCAUAUUCAGGGGAUAGCAGAACUACAACCAGUUUCGCCUUCAUUGGUCCCAAGAUGGAUGACUAUCUCGUUCAGCGCCCUGACGAGUAUGGAGCCCACCUUAUGUUCGGCGGAGGCAGAAGUUUUGGUCCUAGUCUGGGUGUCUGUGAUGACGGAGAGGUGGAUGAGAAGGUGGCUUCCUAUCUCCGUACAUCUGUUCCUCAGCUCUUGAUACCUGGCGAAGGAGAGAAACAGGGGGAAUUGGAAGCCACACAUGAGUGGACGGGCAUCAUGGGCUUUUCACGCGACAACCUCCCAUGGGUCGGUCCUGUCCCAGAAAAGGAAGGUGUCUUUGUUGUUGCUGGAUACACGGGCCAUGGCAUGCCUAAUGCUUGGUUGUGCGGGAAGAGUUUGGCUACAAUGGUGUCAGGAGAAGACAUCGGGACGGCAAUCGAGAAGGCUGUCGAGGGAGGGUUGCCUACAGCGUAUCUGUUGAACAAAGACAGGAUCGAAAAGGCUAGGAAGUUGGACACGGUAGAAGUGCAGGAC